AUGCCGAAAGUAAACAGACGUCCUCGCCACCGUGCUGCAUCAUCAGCUAGUUCAACAACUAGCAACAAUAAUGCUGCUACUGAAAGAGGAGCAUCGAAUGAUGUUCCUUAUAAGAAGAUUUCUGUCGAUCAAGACAACGUAAGUGUUCUUUAUGAACACAUCAAGAGUGCUGAUGGUCAAACCAGCAGUAUUCGUUUACAUAUUAGUAAACGAGGAGCACUUGGCCCUCCACCACCACCACCACGAACAACAACAACUGCUCAAAAUAAUGAGCACAAUAUACAACGGGUGACAACCGUCGUCAUCAACGAUGACCGUGCUGGUCUGACGGUCGAUGUCGCAUCGACCAAAAGUGAUAAUGAUGCGUUUAACAUCAUUAUCACAAAUAAUUGUAAUUGA